CGACUGCGCGUUCUGCAUGUCCACCUGCAAGUCUGGCGGCCGCUGCCUGGAGGCCGCUUCAUUUCGGGGUAUCUCGGGAUGCGGGGUUUGGAGCAGACUUGGAUGUAUGUCCGGCCGCGGCCGCAUCGCCGCCUCGUGCGCGCGGACAUGCGCAAGGUACGCUCCCUGGGCCGGUACCUCGAUUAAAUCCUGCUCGCGCGUUCCGAUGGGGACGAACACCGCGUUGUAUGACGUGAAACCAACGGGAAGCGGCAGGACUUUGACAUCGUCUGAGAUGUGCUGGCGCUCAGCUGGGGGUGCGGUGGGCGUGCGACCGGCCCACAUCGGAUUCGUCUGGUGCUCAGCGAUGCUCUGCUCGUGGUCGAGAUCGAUGGGGCUACGGUCAGACGUUGAGCAGCCCACGGAUGGGAAGGAGGAGGAUGACGCGGUGGGCAUUGAAACAGUUC